UCACUCAGCCGUCUGCAGUGAGGGAGGCUGGACGCACAAACAGCAAGCUCGUAAAUCGGUUGACUGGGGACGGCUCUUAGAAUCUCUUUCAGAGAUGUACCGACCAAUCUUAGUGGCACUUGUGGUGCUGCUCGGCUUUUCACCCUUGGUAAAAGGAGGGAAGAUCUUGGUGUACCCUGUGGAUGGAAGCCACUGGAUCAACAUGAAAGUCCUCGUCGAGGAGCUUCACUCCAGAGGCCACGAACUCACAGUUAUGCGGUCAUUGGACAGUUGGUACAUCAAACAAGAGUCCCAUCUCUACAAGUCCAUCACGAUAAAUUCCUCUUCUGGUUUUGAUGAGGAAGGCUUUGGGUUGUUUGUAACCAAAAUGGUGAACAUGCGGCGGCACGGUGCUUCGCUUUGGGCUCGUAUAUCUGUAGAGUAUGAACUGGUGGAACAGUUCUAUCAGUUAAAUAAACAGCUGAUUCAGAUGAUGGGGGAGAUGUUUGAGAAUACCAAACUGAUGCAGAGCCUCCGUGAUGCCAAAUAUGAUAUGGUUCUGACGGACCCUGCGAUUGGUGCAGGGGUGCUUCUGGGUAGCCGUUUGGGUCUUCCUCUUGUCUUCAACGUGAGGUGGACUAUUCAGGGUGAGGGACAUUACGCAAUCGCACCUUCCCCACUGUCAUAUGUCCCAAUACCUGGGUCCGAACUGACUGACAAGAUGACGUUUCCCCGGCGGAUCAAGAACUUAUUUUACUUUUUCUUCACACGUCUUCAAAUUUGGUAUGUCACAGAACCGAACUACACACCAUUUGUCCAUCGUUACUUUGGAAAUGAUGUACAUUACAUGGAGCUGUUUCAGGCAGCAGACAUCUGGCUGAUGAGGAACGAUUUCAUCUUCGAGUUCCCACGACCCACAAUGCCAAACGUCGUCUAUAUGUCAGGAUUUCAGUGCAAACCCUCCAAGCCCCUGUCUAAAGAACUAGAGGACUUUGUCCAGAGCUCCGGUGAGCAUGGCGUCAUCGUUAUGACAUUGGGAACCCUGGUAGCAAAACUUCCCGAGGACAUCACUGAGGGUAUUGCCGCCGCUUUCGCCCAACUUCCUCAGAAGGUGAUAUGGAGGCACAAAGGCAAAAGACCAUCCACCCUCGGCAACAACACCUUACUCUUGGACUGGCUGCCUCAAAAUGACCUCCUGGGUCACCCAAAGACCAGAGUGUUUGUGGCCCACGGAGGCACCAAUGGAAUCCAGGAGGCCAUCUACCACGGCGUCCCCCUGGUCGGCCUGCCCCUCAUGUUCGACCAGCCUGACAACUUCUUCAGGAUGGAAGCAAGAGGCGUGGCCAAAGUCCUGGACAUUGCAACUGUGAACAAAGACAACUUCCUGGAGGCGCUGAAGGAGGUGCUCUAUGACCCAACCUACAGGGAGAAGAUGAAGACGCUGUCCAACCUGCAGAGAGACCAGCCCAUGAAACCAAUGGACCGGGCCAUGUUCUGGAUCGAGUUUGUCAUCAGGCACAAAGGAGCGGCACAUCUGAGGACUGAGUCUUACAAGAUGUCCACGAUCCAGUACUAUUCGAUUGACGUGGUGGCGUUUCUAUUGGCAGUUAUUUUGCUAGUAUUUACCGUUUUUAUUUAUGCAGUUAAGUUUUUGUGGCGGAGAGUUUUUUCUGGAGGCAAAAUCAAAAAGGAAUGAUGGAUGUGCUACAGGAUGCGUCACAUUUUCUGGAUCCGGAUUUCUUGUAAAAAAAAAACAAAACCAACAUUUGUAAACUGUUCUGUAGAGAGCAGGAUACAAACAGCCUUACACUGGUACCACAACAUGCAACAUGAGUGCAGCUGAAUGCGCUCACAAACCUCAUAUUGUUUAACGACUUCAGCUAAAGGAGGUCAUGUUUCUGUUCUGUGUGUUUGUGUGUUUGUUGAGUGAAGCUUUCAGCUUUUAGUCAAUAUCCAGGAAUAUCUUUUGAAGGAUUUCUUUCAGGUUUUUUGAAUAAAGUAUUCUCACAAACUAUUGACCUUAAAUGAAAUCAAAUGAAUGAACAAAUGGCAUAUGUAUCUUGUGAUUGUCUAUCACUAUGAUGAGUCAAUAAUUGUUCAUGAUUUUUGGUGAGUAUGUUGAUGUUCAUGUUCCACAAAUUCAUGUUUUCCAAAUAAUGAUUUCAGGCUGUAAAUAAAAACUAACAAAAU